CACCUCCUCCUCCUCCUCUUUCUCCUCCCCCUUUUGUGUUGUUGUGUAUAUACUCUUUACUCUAUAUACAUCACCGACGCCGAAUUGACAGCUUCGCCAUUUUCUCUCUUUAUUAUGAACCAUUUUCCGGUGAUUUUUUUCGCCGGGAUCUGGUCGAUCAAACCGGCUUUUCGGUGAGGUGUAUCGGAUCGGCCCCUCAAAAAUAUGUGAUUGGAAUUCUUUGUUAAAGAGGAAAUCUCGAGGUGUUUGUUGUUACCGGUUUGUAUAUUGUGGAGGUUUUUCGAUCUUCAAACGAUUAGAAAUUCAGGGUUAGGUUUUGUUUUCGGUUGCAGAUCGAAGUGAGGGUUUUGGUUUGGUGGUAAUGUAUGUGGCUUGAGGGACAUUUUUGAGAGAGGAGCUUAGUCGAGUGAGGUCUGAAAUUAGUGAGCUUGUGGGGGAGUUCGUGAAUCGUUAGAGGGCGAGUUGAUAGCAGGAAUUUUAUUUCUUUUACAUGAUUGUUUUGUAGGAUUUAGGUGAAGUUUUGAUUAGAAGAGUUUUAGAUUUUGUUUAGUUCUUGCUGUGAAUUUGCUUAGCAUUUUCAGGAAUGCAAGAUUUGGGUGGGUGGAGUGGAGCCGGGGUAGAUAGCGACUUUUACUCUCCCGGGAAUAUUUUUUUAAGCUUUACUAAAUAUAGUCUAAGGGUUUUGUUGUAAUAUUUUAAUACUGCAUUGAUCGGAAUCGAGGAGGUUUUUACAGUUUCGAGGUAUUUUCGGUUUGAGUUAUUUAUAAGCAUGAAUAAUCGUCUUAUUUCUUAGAGGAGAGGGCAUCUAUCGCUUGUUACUGAUUGAUUUAUUCACGAACUUGGUGUUUUGCCUCUUGCUGAUUGAUUAUUCACGAACUCAGUUAGAUUAGACAUCAAACAAAAAGGGGGUUGAGUUGAAUUUGCAAUUUCUUCUCUCUUGCGGUCCCCCAAUCCCGUUUCUUCCCUUUAUCGAUUACUGCAUUGUCGUCGGACAGGCGGCGGUUUCAUAUCGGAAUCGAUGUUUCUGAUGGGGUAAAAUAGUUGAGCCUCGACGUCUGUAUGGGGGAAACAAGUCUCAGGGGUCGGUGUCACGAUGUGCAAGUCGGAAAAUUCUGACAAAAGGUUUGAUUUCGGAGUGGAGAGGGAGAAACGGUGGCAGAUGGCCUUCAAGUAUCUGGGGGAGAGCAAAGUUGAAAAAUUGAAGAGUUCGAUGGUUCCUCGAUCUCGUAUGAAACUUUGGAUGAUCCGGGCGACGACUACCGUCUUACUCUGGACUUGUGUUGUCCAGUUGACGGCACUGGGGGAGAUGUGGGGGCCGAGGGUGUUGAAAGGUUGGCCUUCGUGCUUUACGCCUUCGGAUUCCCCUUUGUCCGUCAGAUUGUCUUCUGCUCCAGCGAAAGUUGUCCUUCCACCCAAAAGGGUUUACAAGAACAAUGGUUACCUGAUGGUUUCUUGCAAUGGAGGACUUAAUCAGAUGCGAGCAGCGAUCUGCGAUAUGGUUGCCAUUGCAAGAUAUCUAAAUGUCACACUUAUUGUCCCCGAACUAGAUAAAACCUCCUUCUGGGCUGACCCCAGCGAGUUCCAAGACAUAUUUGACGUGGAUCAUUUCAUAACAUCAUUGAGAGAUGAGGUACGCAUAUUGAAAGAGUUGCCACCUAGGCUCAAGAGAAGAGUAGAACUAGGAAUGCUCUACUCCAUGCCACCCAUUAGUUGGUCUGACAUUUCGUACUAUGUUAAUCAGAUCCUUCCUCUCAUACAGAAGCACAAGAUCAUACAUUUAAAUAGAACAGAUGCUCGACUUGCUAAUAAUGGUUUGCCUGUGGAGAUUCAGAAGUUGCGUUGCCGAGUAAAUUUCAGUGCUCUGCGAUUUACCUCUCAGAUAGAGGAAUUAGGCAGACGGGUUAUUAAGCUUCUAAGGCAAAAUGGCCCUUUCCUUGUUCUUCACCUCAGAUAUGAAAUGGACAUGCUAGCGUUCUCUGGAUGUACUCAAGGUUGCAAUGAUGAGGAGGUGGAAGAGUUGACAAGAAUGAGAUAUGCUUAUCCAUGGUGGAAGGAGAAAGUCAUAAAUUCUGACCUGAAAAGAAAAGAUGGCUUAUGCCCAUUGACACCUGAGGAAACUGCUUUAGUAUUGAAGGCAUUGGAUAUUGAUCGGAAUAUUCAGAUUUAUAUUGCUGCCGGAGAGAUAUAUGGUGGGCAAAAGAGAAUAGCAAGUCUGGCAGAGGCUUAUCCAAAUCUGGUGAGAAAGGAGACACUGUUGGAACCCUCAGAUCUCAUGUUUUUCCUGAACCACUCAUCCCAGAUGGCAGCAUUGGAUUAUCUGGUCUCGCUUGAGAGUGACAUCUUUAUUCCUACAUAUGAUGGAAACAUGGCUAAAGUUGUUGAAGGCCAUCGCAGAUUCCUAGGGUUCAAGAAGACAAUUCUGUUAGACAGAAAGCUUCUGGUUGAUCUGAUUGACCAAUAUGAAGAUGGAUUACUGGACUGGAAUGAGUUCUCAUCUUCAGUGAAGGAAGCACACCAAAAUCGAAUGGGAAGCCCAAAUAGAAGAGUGGUGAUUCCUGACCGACCCAAAGAAGAGGAUUAUUUCUAUGCCAACCCACAAGAGUGUUUGCAAUUGCCAGAUGAGCCAUUAAGUAGCAGCACAUAAGCUUUAUCACUGAGACGGGAUUGUUUUGUUUGAUUGUCAGCCCCCUAAAUCGCCAUUCCUCCAGUCUUAAUGAUCUAGUUCCCUACAUAGAGGUAAAAAUUGAGAACGAUUGUGUUCUGGAAGCAGAGAAGGAUGGAGCAUCUUGGGAAGCACUCGGGGGUGACCAGGGAAGGUUUAUUGGGAAAUUGCUGGAUUAUAUUUAUAUGUUUUAUAUUCACAAAUAAUACGAUUCUUGUAUAGAGAGAACCCUGCCAUUGCAGGAAAAUAUCACAUCAGCUGCAAUGUACAACAAAUGGGGAUUUAAUAGAGAUUCAGUUUAUUGGAAUUGGGGGACUCAGCUGAAGGUUAGUCCCUCUUCUUUCA